AUCUCAGCAAUAUCGUAGAAGACACUCAUACAAUUGAUGGAAAGACAUUCAAUGUUGAAUAUUUUCAAACUGAGAUAAAUCGUGCUGAAGUCGAUUUUUGUCAGAGGCCGUUUCUGUCACCAAAACCAAUUGAGAUUAAAGAUGAUAUAGAUCUUUCCAAAAUUCAGUAUAUACAAUCUUCUGAGAAAUACAAAAAAGAUCUGGAGGACAAACUAUGCAAACAAUACGUGAACAUAAUAUGGCCCUCUCAAGGCCAAAAGAAAUUAGAACUUCAUUGUACUUUAACAAAAACUGUAGAAAAUCAUCAUGGCUUGGCAAAAUUUUGGAGGAAAGAGACUGAACGUGCAUUUUCUGAUUUUCUAGAGGCUAUUUCUGUUAGAAUUAUUGAAUUGCAGGAAGAUGUACAGGAGGACAUAAUGGCGUUUUUAAAAGAAUUUACUGUAAAAGAACCAUCAAAAGUGGCAUUAAUAUGUAAUAGAAACAAAAUGAAUCUUCAUGUAGUUGGCGAGAAAUAUGAUGUACAUAUGCUUGAACAGACAAUUAUUUCUGAAAUGAAGGAACAGAAAUCGUUUGAACUUGUUAUGAAUAUUGAACAUCAGAUUGAGAUGAACGUUUUGGUGACGACAAAUAUCAAAAGUAUGUUUGAAAGCGAGUUUGAGAACAUAAAUGUCAAGCUGGUUCGGGAAGAAAAUAAGAUUGUACUUCAUGGAAGAAAAUCAAGUGUCCGUAAUGCAGCAGAUCGCCUAAAAGAAAUUAGGGGAAAUUUGAAACGAACGUACAUUGAACAUCUAGAAGAGCCUUUUACCGAAUUGUACAUGUCAGAAAAUGUCAUGCGAUUUAUACAGGAAAGGCUGAGUGCAAAAGAUAUUAUAGCCAGUUGGACCGUCCGUAAUGGCAUGUUAGAAAUAUGCUGUAAUGGGCCACAUAAAAUAUCUGAAUGCAAGGAAAUUAUUCAGAAUUCAGUCAUAAGAAAAAUGAAAGUUGUUCCAAGCCCUGUUCCAAAUUUACAUUCAGAUAAAUGGCGCAGAACUGUUGAGGAUCUCCACAGCAAGUACAAAGGAAAAAUAAGAAUCAAGUUAGCAGGAAAUGCAACUAAAAUCUACAUUUAUGCAACAGAAGACCUAGAACGUCCUGCUUCAGAAGAUGUCACACAUUUUCUAGAAACUAACAAGGUCAUCAUAAAGACAUACAAGACAUUCCAACUUCAGAUGCGAUUCUUUAAAAAACACCUAAAAUCAGCAAUAGAAGAGAUUUCAAAACAAUUCGACGUUAGAAUUGAAAUUGAUCACAAAAACUUUUAUAGAAUUCAGGGUCUUCAAGUAGAUGUGAAUGAAGCUGCAACUAAUAUUAAAGAUAUGUUUGAUAAAUGUUGGCAGACCAAAGAAACUUUCGAGAUGAUUGGAAUUAAGCUCUACAUCGGAAGAAUGAAAGACAGUAUUAAUUUAGUUGAGAAUAAGUGCCAGUGCGUCAUUGGGACUGAAGAUGAUCUUCCUUUACACUGUGUUGACAAUAACGAUACGAAGGAACUCUCCAUGAGAACAGAAGAAAGUAGAUCAGAUCGCAUUGGCAGUUUUGAAAGCAGUUUAUUUGCACAAGAGAAAAUCUCCAGAAGUAUGGACACUUCGAUUUGUUACAAAAAUAGGAACUCGUACAAGCAGCAGAUUGUAAAUGGGGCUAAAAUUUUUGCAAAAUGCCUUGUAUUUGAAAAUAUCCAUAUAAUUGUGUGCCACGGAGAUAUUACAAAUUUAAAAGUCGAUGUGAUAGCACGAGAAACAGAUGAUAAUUUAGACUUUUCAGGAACUCUUGGUAGAACAAUUAUACAGAAAGGUGGUCAGGCGGUAAAAGACGAAUGUUUGCGCCUUGUUCAAACUCAGAAGCUCUCCUUGCAGAACACAAGCACUGUUUUUAGCUCAGCUGGAAGUAUGAAAGCAAAAUUCAUUUGUCAUAUCAGAAUUCAAAAAUGGAGCCAAGCGGGUGAAAAACACUUGGAAUCAUCUGUUUUGCAAUGUAUCAGUCAAUCAUCAGAGCGUCAAGCAAAUUCCUUAGCAUUUCCUGCCCUUGGUUGUGGAAUGAAUGGCUUCCCAGCGCAUGUAUCAGCAUCUGUUAUUGUACGUACAAUAAAAAGAAGUUUCCAAGAAACACAAAAUAGCUCGGUUACUGAGAUAUAUUUUUGCGAUGUGAGAAAAGAAAAUGUUCAAAAUUUCACUAAAGCCCUGUGUGAGGAAUUUGGAAAAAGAAAUGUAGAUGUAGAAGAUGGUGAUAGUGGUAUGGAUUUUACAGAUUAUACAACGUCAUUGAAUGAGGAACUGAGAACAGUAAAGUUGCCAAACAUUCAAGCCAGUCAGGGACCAUUUGUUAGGGAAAUAAAAUUUGGUGGAAUAUGUGUAUGUGUAAAAGGGGGAACAAUUGUCAAUGAAAAGGUUGAUGUACUUGUAAAUACAACAUCGAACAGUCUGAACUUAAAAGGUGGAGCUGUAUCUACAUCUGUGUUGCAGAAAGGUGGACUCGAAUUACAACAGCAGUUGCAUAAAACUUAUCCAAAAGGUAUCAAAUUUGGUGAAGUGGCUGUGAGUGAUGGGACAAAUUUGCCAUGCUCUAUAGUUCUACAUACUGCACUGGAAAAAUGGGAUGAUAAGAACUUUGGAAAAUGCAUUAAAGUAUGUACUAACAUUGCACUAUAUAAACAUGCCUUAUUUUAAUUAAACAUACAACAGUAAAAACUCUGAAAACCGACCAUGUCAAAAGUCCGGUUUUCCUAGGAUUAGCAUUUUCAGAGGGUUUUGCACAGAUUUAUGUUACGUAUUGACAGGGUGAGCAUUUGUUAUCGCCCGAAGUCCGUCCACAGUUCAUUGUGAACACGAUAGAGACCACAUUUUGCAGUUAAUAUUAAUCAAGCUUGCACACAAUUUCUAUUGGCAUCUCAGUUCCUUAAAAAACUUGGCAGAUUCUGUAAUGGGUUCCAGAGUUAUGACCCUUUAAAGUGUCAAAAUUUGCUAUUUUUGUCUUGUGAACAUGAUAGAGACCACUUUGUGCAAUCCAAUUUAAUCAGACUUGCUCACAACUUGUAUUAGUAUAAUAUCUCGGUUCCUUUCGAAAACUGUCCAGUUCCCAUCGUGGUUUCUAGAGUUAUGGCCCCUUAAAGGGUCAGAAUGCGCUGUUUUUGCCUUGUGAACACGAUACAGACCACAGUGUGC